GCCAAUUCGGUGCAAUUGCAGGCUCCAAGCGCAACCCCUCGGCCAGAACAGCACCGCGACACUGCCGCGGCGAGUCGGCAGCAAUAUAACCUCCACGGGCAGCCCUUAGGCAGCAGUCCUCACCACCAAGGCAGCAGCGCUUGCAACAGCAAUGCAGCGCCCGAGGCGCGCCAAGGCCGAUGCGGCCUCGCUAGCCCUCGCGCGGCAGCUCGAGAGCGAAGACGCGCGCCCGCGCCGCGCCGCCGCCAAGCCCCGGGCCAAGUCGCCGGCGAAGCCGCGCGCGAAAUCACCAGCUAAAAAGUCAUCAGCAAAACGCGCCGCUAAACAGCCGACGCCGGCGGAGCCCGCCCGCGCCGCCCUCGCGACGCUCCUCUUCGCCGUCAUGGCCUGCGCGAACUACAUGCAGCACCACCUGCCGCAGCCGGUGCCGCGGGCGUGGUACGACGAGACGGGCCGCGACAUGGGCCAGCACGAGAUCGAGCUGCGCGCGUACCUAGGGGUCUGGGUCUACCUUACGGCGCAGAUCCUGCUCGUGUUGUUAGUGUACCACACGUUGUCCGUCGUAGCCGCGACGACGGGCAACUACGAGGCCCAGGCCCACGCCGCGGCCCCGGCCUGCCUCGGCCUCGGUCUUGUAGUGUACGGCCUCUUCUUUUUCUUUUACCUGCUCAUGAGAUGCUGUAAUCCGACGUGGCGCGACCAAUGGACCUACCACGAGUCGCUCGGCGUGCCCUACGAGCGCUGGAUGCACCUGAUGCACACGCCACUGUGGCUGUGCCCCUUGCUGGACGUGCUGGGUGUGAAGAAGCGCGACGUCCUCGUGCGGCACGUACCGUCGCCGGUUUCAAUUCUCGCGGCAGCAGGUCUCUACACGGGCUUCUACGGAGCAUUGACAUCCCUAAACUUCGCGUGGACGGGAGCCUACGUGUACCCCUGGCUCUACGACAUCGACGCGUUGGGGUACGGCGCUUUCGGUCACGUGGCGUACUACGCCGCUCUCUCGUGCCCGGUCGGGGCGGUGUUCAUGGCGUGCCGCAAAUGGAUACUGAGGCGUGGCAACGCUGAAUUCGCCGUGGGUGCUGCGGUGGAGGCGCGUUGGGAGGACGGGAACUGGUACCCAGGGCGCGUCUCCGGCGGCGGCCCGGGCGGCUAUGAGAUCGCAUUCGACGAUGGUCACAAUGAGGCCAAUGUACCAGCGGCACACGUACGUUCCGCUGCUCCCGCACGAACGGCAAAAAAAUCAGCAAAAAAGGCGGCGACGCCAGCCCGCGUGAAGAAGGAGCUGCCCGCGGUCGGCGACCACGUGGCGCUCGCGCUCGACGACGAGGAAGGCAUCGUAACAAAGGUCGCGGGCGGCUGGAUCUCUGUAAAGCUUGACGACGGGACGGUGGAAAAGUUCCGGAGCACCGAGCUGCGCUACUAGUUAUAGGUUAACAGUC